AUGCCCGACAGCAGUGAGAACUCCUCGGUAGAGAUGGGGACUACUGGUCGCUUGGUCUCGGAGGGUAAGGAGGUUCAGCUUGCCAUGCAGCCAUAUAAGACCGUAUCUAGGCCCGAGUGCUCGAAUUGGUUGAUGAAGCCCCAGUCUUGUGAGGGGGCAGAUGGGCUGACUGCCGAUAGCUCUGACGAAGAACUCAUCCGAGUGACCGCUCUAGUGACUGACCAUCUCUGUGAAGGAACGAGGAAUGAAUUGGUCGCCUCACUGGAGAGUGGUAUGGAAGCCCAGGAGACCAUCAAGACCGACCUUGACGCUCGACUGAGCCAACAGGAAGCUAAGCAAAGCGAGAUGGAG